GUGACGUCAUGACGCAUCGUUCCUAAACAAUCCUCAGGAAAAAGCCACGUUGACGACUCUGGACUGGAGUUCCGUCCUGAAUUCAGGCCAGAAUAAAGCGAGAAGGUUCGAGUGUAUGCUGUGAUUUGUCAUCGACAUCCCUUAGAACCUCAAGUAUGUCGUCUCCACCGAAAGAAAAGAUCGAAACCAGGGGUGGACACCCUCCAGCAGUCAAGGCCGGAGGUAUGAGGAUAGUGCAGAAGCACCAGGCGACUCCUGUUCCGGAACCCCCACCAAAAGAUGACGAUGAAGAGCAGUAUGUGAGCAGUAGUCCACCCAAGGCCCCGGUGAUUGUGUCUGGAGUGGUUACCAAGGGCGAUAAGGACUUCACCCCGGCUGCUGCCCAGGUGGCGCACCAGAAGCCCCAGCCUGGCAUCCCCAAGCUGCCCCCCUCUCAGCACAUCAACCAGCACAUCCAUCAACCCCGCAAGUGAGCCGGGCGCUCGCUAUGCUGUGGCCAUGCUAACUCCACCAGUCGGCCUUCCCAAUUGAACACGGUUUCCUGCUCGGCACACGUCCUUUGAUUGACCGGUUGCAUUAUUUUUUUUUUUUUUUUUUUGUUAACUGUUGUGUGAUGUGGAAGUUGUCUGUAGCAGUGGCCUAAUACCAAUAUUGCCAUUGUUUCAAUCCAGUCCUUAUAAGUUGCCUGACUUCGGUGCUGCGCUAAUUGUCUUGCACUUUUGUCUCCUUUAAGUUAAAUCUUUUUGAAAGUCAUCAUUGAUGUCGCUCACACGAAUCAAUACAAUAAUCGACCGGUGAACCAAUUAAUAAGGUGAAAGGCUUUGUACGUACAACACACCAAAAGACCCUAACAGCAAAUCAUAGAGCCCACGUGUUUUGGAUAAUAUAACAAAAAAGUCAAAACGCAAAAAAUAUUGUCAUAGCCAGACAGUUGCCACAUUGCACGACAGCCACAAAACAGAAAAUGAGCGAGCGUUCUAACCAAUAAACAUUCCGGCAGUGCACCCACUAAUUGGUCGGGUUCUAAUUAAGGCGAGAUUCCUUUGAACUGAAUUAUUAGUGUCUUAAAAUAAUUGCUUAGUUAGCUGUGUCAACUGUUAACUAGAUCGCUUUUGCAUCCUCCUCAGCUCUGCAGUGUUAUUCAUGGCAUCUGCACAUGCAAACUGCUUGAAGCAAAGAGAAUCCAGCAGUGCCUGCAUGCUUUUGUUUUUAUUUCAGCAGCUAAUGAAGCCAAAUCCUUUGUGAGUGUAUGUAUACCUGAUACCAGAGACUGUAAAAAUGGGACCCAUUGCCUCCCUGCUUGGCACUCAGCAUUAAGGGUUGGAAUUGGGGGGUUAGAUCACCAACUGAUUCCCGAGCGCGGCACCGCUGCUGCUCACUGCUCCCCUCUCCCCCAGGGGAUGGAUUAAAAUCACACGGGGAUGGGUUAAAUCAGUGCUUCUCAAUUAUUUUCUGUUACGCCCUCCCCCCCUAGCAAGAAGAAAACUAUUCGCGCCCCCCCUCCCCAACGUGACUAUCCUAACUUGUCUUGUAAGUCGUAAAAUGUUGCACUGUCGCAAACGUGACAGAAGUAACAAUGAGAGCGCCACUGCCCCCUGCUGUAGUAAACGCGCAAUUACACUUUAUUCUAGUACUGCCAAAAAAAAAGCCUGUUCCCCAGGGUCACACGCGCCCCCCCAGGAAUAGCACCGCGCCCCCCCCCACUAUUUGAGAAGCACUGGCCUAGGUGACUGAUUCACAAUUUGGUUUUGUCUGAUAUCAGAGAUUAAAUAAAGAAAACCAACUGGCUGA